AAUCACGUCAUUUCUGGUGUGAGCCUGGUCGUUUGAACGGAGUGACGGUCCUGCGUUGGGAGUUGCAAGAUGGCAGCGCCUGAGGAGCAGGAUUUGACUCAGGAACAAACUGAAAGGCUUCUACAAUUUCAGGAUCUCACUGGGAUUGAGUCAAUGGACCAGUGUCGGCGAACUCUAGAGCAACAUAACUGGAACAUUGAGGCAGCUGUACAGGACAGACUAAAUGAGCAGGAAGGAGUGCCAAGCGUCUUCAAUCCUCUUCCAGCAUCCCGACCUUUAAAUGUUAACACAGCUGAUAACAGAGUUUAUAAUUACAUUGUACCAAGGCCACAGCCUAGGGGUCUAUUAGGAUGGGGUUACUACUUGAUAUUGCUUCCAUUCCGGUUUACAUAUUACACACUACUUGAUAUUUUUAGGUUUGCUCUCCGUUUUAUACGUCCAGACCCUCGUAGUCAUGUUACAGAUCCUGUGGGAGAUGUAGUUUCAUUUAUUCAUGACUUUGAGGAGAAGUAUGGCACUACACACCCUAUUUUUUAUCAGGGAACAUACAGCCAGGCACUGAAUGAUGCAAAACGAGAACUUAGAUUCCUUUUAGUUUACCUCCAUGGAGAUGAUCAUCAGGAUAGUGAUGAGUUUUGCCGCAACACACUGUCUUCUGCUGAAGUCAUUCAAUUCAUUAACAACAGGAUGUUGUUCUGGGCAUGUUCUACCAGCAAGCCAGAAGGUUACCGGGUGUCCCUUGCAUUGCGGGGCAAUACCUACCCAUUUCUAGCAAUGAUUAUGCUAAAAGAUCGUCGGAUGACAGUGGUGGGACGCUUGGAGGGUGUCAUCCAGCCAGAGGACUUCAUAAACCAGUUAACUUUUAUCAUGGAUGCUAAUCAACCCUACUUAAUGACAGAACGCAUGGAAAGAGAAGAGAGGAACCAGACACAAGUGCUGAGACAGCAACAAGAUGAAGCAUAUCUAGCAUCUCUAAGAGCAGAUCAGGAGAAGGAGAGAAGGAGGAAGCAAGAGCAGGAGCAGAAGAAGUGGGAAGAAGAACAAGCAGUCCAAAAAAAGCAAGCAGAAGAAAUAAGAAGAAAGACAUUACAAGAAGAGAAAGUGCGUAAAUCUGCAGGUCUUCCACCAGAACCUCAUGCAGAUAAUCCUGACAGCGUUAAGAUAGUUUUCAAGAUGCCAAAUGAUUCACGAGUAGAAAGGCGGUUUUUGUUUUCACAAUCAUUAAUGGUAGUACAUGACUUUUUGUUCUCCCUGAAGGAAACACCAGAAAAGUUUCAAAUUGUGGCCAACUUUCCACGUCGUGUGCUGCCCUGCCUUGCAACAAAGGAACAGCCAAUCCCACCAACGUUGAAAGAAGCUGGAUUAAACCGUUCUGAAGUUCUGUUUGUUCAAGACCUCUCAGAUGACUGACAUUCUACAUCUAAAGAGAGUAUGCACAACUCCCCCCCCCACCCACCCAAAAAAAAAAAAAAAAAGAAAAUGUGUCCUUGAAAGAUAUUUUUUUGGUGUUAAGUGACCACUGCACAAAGUAAGGGAUCAUAGAAUUGAUCUUGCCUGUUUGGCUCAGCUUCAUCCUGUUGCUAUUGUUGGAAAACUACAUGUACAAUUCAAAAAUGUAUUGCAUAUUGAGACUUGUAUGGAAAAAGUUGUUUUUGGAACAAAAAAUAAUGCUUUUUAAAGCCUCUCCUAUCCCCAAAAUGCAGAUGUAGCAGCACCAGGAAGAACUGAACCCAAGACCAGCAAUUUCAGUAACAUUCUGCGUAGUGUGGAGAACAUUGGAUACAUAAAAUGAAGAAUGGAAGGAAUACCAUUUCCCUUGUGUUAAUGUAUUCAGAUAUAUAUUAUAUAUUUUUUAUUUGCUCAGAAAGACCAAAGGUGUUUGGGGAGGGACUGGGACAGUUUCAGACAUCGGAGAAAACUAAGACUGGUUUUAAGUUCUUAUUCUCAACCACAGUGGCAUCUUUGCUGAUAUUUCAAGCCACUUUAGUGUAACCACGUCAGCCUGUAGUGUGCCUGUGUCAGAUGCCUGUUUCACCAUUUUAUUAUACAGAUGGGACUGGUUGUAUUCAAAGAUGUAAUUUAUUCCAGCAAAUAUAAAUUAAACAUUUUAGAAUUUUG